AUGAGCUCCCUUUCCUUACCAUAUACCUUUCCACGUGCUCCAUCUGUGGAUCCAGAAAUUCAAGCACUACCACGAGAUGUUCAAGUCAGUAGAGACCUUGAGAUCAAAGUCACAUAUUCUGUUCCACAACCUAAAGUGACAAAACAACCAUACGUCAAACGAGCCGAAAGUGCUGAAAAUAGCCCUGAAGCGAUUCUGAUUACUCAAGAUGAUCCGUUGGACGAUAUUCUUAGUGCAUCCCAAAAUGCCAUCGAAGCAUAUAUAUUGGACAUGCCUUACACCAAGAUGCAUGCACCAGCAGAACCAAAGACACCUCCCCCACUCAACAAGAAGAGAUCUCGUAAGAUACUUGAGCAGGCCCCAAGUGGCAGAGAACUUGAGAAUGCACAAAGAAGCGCAAAAGUUAGAAAAACCCCAGUGAAGGAAAGUUUGAAGAAGACUGUGCUAAAACAGGAACAUGAAAAACAUCAUGACGACGAACAGGAAAUCUCAUCAAAAGACCAAUUGGCCUGUCACGCGGAAAACAUCAUGAGAAUGGCUGUGGACUCCACGAUGUUGAGCUCUUUCAACAACAGUUUCUCUUCAACCUUCUCAAACAUGCAUGAAGACUCCCUUAGAAGAAACGACGGCGAUACAAGCUUCCCAGGUAAAGCUCCUCCAAUGCUUGACAAACUGAGGAGCACACUUGUUGAGAUCAGUGCUCUGGAUUUGGAAAAAGCCGUCAAUGAGCCAUAUUUUAAGUGA